AAUUACAGAUGAUGUAAUGUAGUCUAAUAUUAGAUGUGCUAGACUUAUGUGUAGACCUACGUCUCCAGCUAGCUAGUGCAGUCAAUCUAGUAUUAAAGAUGGUGGUAAUCACCUACUUACUGUUCAUGUUAGGGACAUUCUUCCUCGUUCUACAGCCAGGUGAAGGUACCUUAGUGCUCCCCACCCUCCCCAUUGGAAGAGAGUGUUUCUGUCCUGGGGAUGUGGAGACGUACACUUGUACUGUAUCUGGUGGAGGAAUCACUGAAUGGACAGGGACUAGCUUUGACUGUCCAGCAAAUGGAGUUGUCAAUUAAUAUCAGCUCGACCAUGAAUGGUCAAACUGUUCAAUGUUUCAGAGAUGGUCCGCUUGAUACGAUUGGAAACCAUACAUUAAGAGUAGCAGAUCCGCCCCCUCCCCCCACUAGCCUGGUAGUAACUGACGUUGGUUUGUCCACAUUCACUUUAACCUGGGAGAAGCCAACUAGCGACUGUGGAACCUCCUUCUCAUAUGAUGUCGUCUCAGAUUGUGGAGGCUCUUGUUCCAGCAUGUCAGGAGUGUGCUCUGAUUGGACUGCCGCUGGACAAAACUGCUCCGUUAUGGUGAGGGCUGCCUUGUGUACUGGACAACCUGGAAGCUUCAGCACUCCCGUCAUGCUAAGUUUAACAGAACCACCCCCCCCUCUUGCUAGUGAUGUCAGUGGACAGGUAGUGUAUUCUGGUGACAGCCUCGACUCUCUUACUAUCACAUUCCCAACAGUGAGUCCUGUCGAUGUUGCUCCUGCUUUGUCUCCUGUAGUUACUUACUUUGUACAAACCGUCGGUGAUCCACAAGGGGUCAGCUGUAAUGCCACCCUGUGUCAGUACCAGACUAUCUUCGCACGUGAUAGUCUUCCCAGCAAUGACUUAAACGUGACUGUGACAGUUUCCAACGGAAUAGGAAGUGGACGAUCUGUGACACCCUUCAAAUUGCCAGCCAGUAUUUCUUCGUUGGUGACUGUGACAGUUGUUAUAGUGGGCUCUAAUGCUAGUGUGUCCGCUCAUCUCCCGGACCCUAGUAGUUUCCAAGAUCUGGCUGUGACCGCAGGAGUUUGUAACACCAGCACUUGGAUGUCAGCUAAUGGUAUGGCUAGAGAUACUCUGACAGUUACACUAACGUCCAUACAGCCUGAAACCAAUUAUUGUUAUUCUAUUCAUUUCAACCAAGGAGGGCUAACAUUUGAUGUGAUGGGAACGUUCCGCUCAACCCUUAUAGUUCCGACUUGGGUUAUUGUUGUCACUGUAUGUGUGGUUAUCUUCUUUGCUGUUGGAAUUAUCGUGGGAAUUUUGCUUACUCUAUUCUGUCGGAUUUGUGUACAUGGAAUUCAACAAAGAAAGUGCGGCACUCUACUGCUGGUUAUUCUUCUUAUAAUCGUGUUUGGCCUUGGAAUUGGUAUUCUCAUUGGCUACUGCUGUGUGAAGAACAAGAAAGGUACAUUGUGUACCCAUACAACUGGUCUGCCUAGCUACUACUCAGAGAAAGAUGGCAAGGAGCACUUGGAGUCUCAAGAAAUAAAUCCACCUCCCGUCGACUCCCUGUAUGCCGACCCCAACACCAUUGAGCAUCAGUCAGCCCCGGGCACUGAGGACCAGUACGCCAUGGUCGAUAGAAAGGUCAAAAAGAACACAAAGCCAAAACCAACUCCACCAGAGGCUCUGUAUCAGGACCCUAACAAGAUUGAGCACGAGACCGCUGCCUCCGGAGAUACUUACGCUGUGGUGGACAAGGCCAAGAAGUCCUCCAAGAAAGAAGGAGGGCCGGACGUGGUUCCACCAGCCAGCGAAGGGCUGACCUAUGCUCUGAGCAGCAAACGUCCAAAGCCAGGCAGUGGUCGACAGGCACCCCAACAACCCGGAGAAUAUCCAAAAGAACAUCCUGUGGAGUAUUGAAGCGUGGAUCAUGGCAACACCUCUCAGCUGUAAACAAGAGAACAUCGAUUUAAGAAACGAACAAAAGAGUAACUCUGUUGCUAGGUUAUAUUUGACUUGAUUGUAGGUGUGUAUAGUGUAGCUAGUUAGCGUUGUAGUAAUAAGCACGAGAUGCUGAAAAUAAAAUUACGUGUGAACACAGUCAUCCCCUACCCCUAACCCUCCUUUAUAACCUCUCAUUACUAGUAUGGGUGUUUUUGUACCGUCAUGCAGAGUAGACAAUUUAUUUACUGAUUUAUAACAGUCCUGGGGGACAUUAAAAAUGUUAUUGAAUGUCAA